UCCACAUAUCUCUCCUCCCCCCAGCAACGCAACAUAUUCUUUCUUGUCGCAUCCCGCUGGCCAUUACCCCCCCUCUUCCAGUUCGAUCACAACCGCAAGAAAGCCCCAACAAAAGAACGCCCACCAGCAAUAUGUCUUCACCUUCAAAGAGGUCAACAAGAAGCUCGACGGCUGGUACGCCCCGCCGGUCAACAAGAAACAAUCCAGAUGCAGCUGCACGCAGCAGCCCCGCGCCCGCAGACGGAGAGGCGCAACGCCCAGCAGAGACCCCUCGUACUAGCCGCCGCUCGCAGCUUGCGUCGAGCCCCCUCUUCUAUGAAUCUUCGCCAGCGCAGACACCCAGUGGUCGCCGCGAUGCGCCCGCCAACGGCGAUGUCUCGUCGCCCUUGCGAAACAUGAGCAACAGCCAGAGCACCGUCGUUGGCCCUGCUCCCAGCUCACCGCUGCGUCAAGACAUUGACACACAAUCCACUGGUGAUGGCGACAGAACCCCCCGUGCGAGUGGUUUGGCAAGAGAAUCGUCGCCCAUUCGAUACGAGGCCAGUUCUAGCCCAGGUCGAUCCGUGCGGCCACUGCAAUCGGACUUCCGCAGUGAGAGUAGUGGUCUUUUCGUCACUGAUCGCUCAUCACGUUCCCGUAGAGGUGAUAUUAACUCGGAAGGCGUCAGAACCCCCCGUCGCCGCCUUGUUUUGGACCCAUCCGGCAGAGUAACUACCGAUGCGCCGGGCUCCGACGCCCCUUCAUUCAGUAACCCCGACCCAAACACUUCGGAGGCCGACCGCCUCGGUGGAGCGGGUGAGAGCACCAUUUGGGGUACUACCGUAUCGAUCGACGACACUUUCGCCUCUUUCAAGGAUUUCUUGAGGCACUUCACCAGGAAAUACCAACUGUACAGAGAUGGUUGGUCCGAGGCAGACGUCCAGGCUGCCCCCGAUGCCGAGUCUAAACCAUACAUGGAGGCUCUCGAAAACAUGCUUCUUUUGGGCACAACCAGGCUUUACCUCGAUAUCGCCGAUCUGAAUACCUACCCGCCGACGCGAAAGCUCUGGUACCACAUCCAGGCAUACCCACAAGAAAUCAUUCCCAUUAUGGACCAGUCUGUCCACGAUUUGAUGGUUGAGCUGGCUAGGAACGAAGGCCAAAGACAACGUGCAUCCCAGAGCAGUGCUGGUGAUGCUGCCAGACGAAGCAACGCAGCUCCUAGCUCGGACGUUGCUUUCCCUAGCUCCGACCACCCAGGUUCUGAUGCCCCGACCCCGCGACCGGCUACCGAUGUCCCAUCAAAGGAGGAUGAGGUUGCUCAGAUGAUUUACAUGGUUCGGCCUUUCGGGUUAGACAAGACAACCAACCUCCGUGAUCUGAACCCCUCCGACAUGGAUAGGCUCAUCACUAUCAAGGGUCUUGUCAUCCGUACUACGCCAGUUAUUCCUGAUAUGAAGGAAGCUUUCUUCCGGUGCAACGUUUGCAACCACUCAGUCAACGUUAGUCUUGACAGAGGCAAAAUCCGCGAGCCCACCGAGUGCCCGCGACCUCGCUGUGCCUCCAAGAACUCGAUGCAGAUCAUUCACAACCGUUGCGCGUUCGAAGAUAAGCAGGUGAUCAAGCUCCAAGAAACUCCGGACGCUGUUCCUGCUGGUCAAACACCCCACUCGGUCUCAGUCUGCGUGUACAACGAGCUGGUGGACUUCUGCAAGGCUGGUGACAGAGUCCAGCUUACGGGUAUCUUCCGCGUCAGCCCUGUGCGCGUGAACCCGCGUCAGAGAACUAUCAAAAGCGUGUACAAGACGUACGUAGACGUCUUGCACGUUCAAAAGGUGGACAAGAAGAGGAUGGGCGUUGACCCUUCCACCCUCGGCAUUGAGGGUGAAGAAGACGAGGGCGGCGACAACAACAUUGAGGAGACCAAAAAGAUCAGUCCUGAAGAGGAAGAGAAGAUCAGAGAGACUGCGGCCAGGCCAGACAUUUAUGACCUUCUCUCACGCUCCCUCGCUCCCUCGAUUUACGAGAUGGAUGACGUGAAGAAGGGUAUUCUUUUGCAACUUUUCGGCGGCACAAACAAGACGUUCUCCAAGGGUGGCAGCCCCAGAUACAGAGGAGAUAUCAACGUCCUGCUCUGCGGUGAUCCGUCGACGUCAAAGUCUCAGAUCCUCUCUUAUGUGCACAAGAUUGCCCCCCGUGGUGUAUACACCAGCGGUAAGGGUUCUUCCGCCGUCGGUUUGACUGCGUAUGUCACGCGAGACCCCGAAACCCGCCAGCUGGUGCUCGAGUCCGGUGCCCUGGUUCUGUCCGACGGCGGUGUUUGCUGCAUCGACGAGUUCGACAAGAUGUCAGAGGCUACACGCUCUGUUCUUCACGAAGUCAUGGAGCAGCAGACGGUGUCUGUUGCCAAGGCGGGCAUCAUCACCACUCUUAACGCCCGGACGAGUAUUCUGGCUUCUGCCAACCCUAUCGGCAGUCGUUACAACCCGGAUCUCCCCGUACCUCAGAACAUUGAUCUCCCCCCCACUCUGCUCUCGCGUUUCGAUCUGGUCUAUCUUAUCCUUGAUCGCGCUGAUGAGAAGAGUGAUGCUCGUCUUGCUCGCCAUCUCCUCUCUCUGUAUCUGGAAGACAAGCCAGAGUCUGCUCACACUAAGGAAGACAUUCUCCCCGUCGAGUUCCUCACCAACUAUAUAUCCUUUGCUCGUGCCAACAUCCACCCGACCAUUGCACAGAAUGCUGCCCAGGAACUGGUUGACCAGUACCUCGAGAUGCGCAAGCUUGGUCAGGAUGUUCGUGCGGCUGAGAAGCGCAUCACAGCCACCACUCGUCAACUUGAGUCCAUGAUCCGUCUGUCCGAGGCCCACGCCAAGAUGCGUUUGUCCACGACCGUCGUUCGCGAGGACGUCAAGGAGGCCGCCCGUCUGAUCCGCUCUGCUCUUAAGACUGCCGCCACCGACGCCCAGGGUCGCAUCGACAUGAGUCUGCUGACAGAAGGCACCAGCGCUGCCGACCGCCGCAAGAAGGAGGAGAUCAAGGGGGCCGUGCUUCACCUACUCGAUGAGAUGACUAGCAACGGUCAAACUGUCAGGUGGAGCGAGGUCGCUAGAAGAUUGAGCGAGGGUGCGAGCAUGCCUGUGGAACAGAACGACUUCAAUGAGACAAUGCGGACCUUGGAGAUGGAGGGCCUGAUCAUGAUCAGUGGUGAAGGCGCGAGGAGAAGCGUGAGAAGAGUCACGGCUGUUGUGUAAGAGAUGGUGCGUGUGGAUACAGGAUAGGGCGGCAAUCCGAAUGAAUUUACGUGGAAGGUGUGAUGUUCGAAACCUAUAGGGUAAGAAAAGGAAACGUCAGCGUUGGUAUUCUAUAGUCUAUUUCUGCUUUUAAUGCUCUACUUCACCAAUUCGGGGGGCUUUAAUGGAAUGGAUUCCCAAUCUCCUUGACUGCCUCGUAUCGGUGUCCAUUCAGUAUAAAAAUCCCUGGGCGUAGAUGGUCUCAUCAUGCCAACAUGGGUGAAUGCCAAGUCAAUGUAUGGAUUUUAUAAUACUUGAGAACAACGAUGUGCGUGACUGGAUACUGGGCUUUUGCUCAGGGCCAUUUACCUCGCUCACAUCAAGAUAGGAUGGUUGUCGUUCCUGCUUUAAAGCGUCCAGACUUUGGCGGGUCCUCUAGGAGAUGUUGCUCUGCAUUCUUGACAAACUUUUAGUUGACCGACUGGUUUAC